GCCAUGUCACGAAUGCCGUCCCUGCAACAGCCCCCAACGACACCGGAGGACGACCAAGAGCCACUGGGGGACCAGAAGGCACCUGCGGUGACAGAGCUGGGCCCAGCGUCAUCGCCGCCUGCUCCAGUGGACAACCUGCAGCCACAACUGUGCCCAGUGGAAAGCACUGAGUCAACGCCACCGGUCGACCACACAGGAGCAGCAGAGAGUCCCCAGAAUUAUGGCUCAGAACUGGUGACACGCAUGGACACAGUGUUUCAGGCAGUCCAGGCUAAUACUGAGGAACAGAGACUCAAGCGUGAGUACUAUUACAACCGACAGGUGAGAUUUCAACCCUAUCAGAGGGGAGAUCUGGUGUGGAUUGAUGAUCCAACCACCGUAAGACAAAAACUUUCUCCCAAAUGGACUGGACCGUAUGAGGUGGUAUCCUCAAAUGACCAGGGACUGAUUUACAAACUGCUGGACUUGAAACACCCACACAAAGAGCCAAAAGUGAUUCAUUAUGACCGUCUUAAACCGUUUAGGAGCACCUGGGAGGCCUCCGAGGCACUGGGACAUGACACUCCUCUCCCCAGGUACACAGCUCUAUCCGGUUCAAUGCCAUUUCAGUUUGGGUCUACUGACACUGGUCAGACCUCAGCUACUAGCACUGGUCAGACCCAAACCGCAACAGGCCCAGUGGUGCCCCUGAUGCGGAGGCCGUCAGGCCGUGUGGUACCAGCACCACCACAACAGACUCAAGGGACUGAGCUUGGUGCAAUGGGGCCAGGGGUAUCACAGGACACUUCAUGUACUACCCGUUCAGGACGGACUGUGCGCAGGCCACAGCGCCUUGUGCCAUGAGCAUAACUUGAAACCAAAAAAAAAAAAAA